AUGGACCUCGACUCUACGACCAUCUCCGAAGCGGAGCUAACACGUCUCCUGCCAACCUGUCAACGAUGUCGCCGACUUCGUAGAAAAUGUGAUACAAAUCUUCCGGCAUGUCGACUUUGUGAGAAGGGCAAGGCAGAAUGUACCUUUUUCGACCACGCUCUACAGCAGACUUUACCACGAAGCUAUGUCCACUCGCUGUUAACUCGACUGGGUCGUUUGCGUUCUGUCCAAGCUGCUGUCAAUGGCAACAAUGAUCCUUUGGCUCAUUUCCAGGCUCAAAUUUCGCAACAUGCCCGCAAUAUCUCCUUGACAUCAACUCACCUGGAUCCCCCACCAAAUGAAUGGGGGACUUACACUAGCGAUUUGUCCUUUGACAAGCAUUUCAUCGUUCAAAAUGCAAAUCCUACAUGUUGGCAAUUCCUCGGUAGCUCUUCACCUUACGCUCUUAUCGUCGAGGUGCUUGUCCAUGCACAAGCUAAGCUGGGACCCAUGGUACACCAUCCAGAUUACGCAGGUCCAGAGUUCUGGCUGAAUGCCCAAAGCACGGAAAUUCAGCAACCAGCUCAACUCAGACCAACCCCUUCUCGCUCAGAGGUGGAAAUGCUGAUCAAUUUAUACAUGGCAACGACCAACGGCCUUGUCGUCUUUGUCGACUCGGAGGACAUCUCACACGAUAUUGAGGUAUAUCUUCGUCACCAAAGCUCCAAUGCCAAGUACCUCACUGGUAGAGAUGCUCAUCAGUUUUUUCGCGUGGCAAUGAUUUGCGCUGUGGCUUCUGCCAACAAGGCCAGGCAUCACUCAAUUUAUGAUACAGAGUCUAUGGCCUACUAUGCAGAAGGCCUUCAAUGCGUCGAAGAAGUCACGUCAGAGGUCAAUGCCGAUGCUCUGGAAGCCCUUCUCCUAUUGAUCAUGUUUACUUUGUUCUAUCCACGAAAGGGUGAUAUCUGGAAGCUCCUGGAUUUUGCCUGUCGUCUAAGUGUGGAGCUGAGCUACCACACAGAACCGAAUGAUGAUUAUGAAGACGAGAGGGCAAAGCGCAGACGACGGUCGAUCUUUUGGGGUCUAUAUACUAUCGAACGUACUGUUGGUCAACACCUUGGUCGCCCUUCAGAUCUGACAGAAGAGAUUAUUACUGCUGAGUACCCAGCUACACUCACCGACUCUACCAUUGCAGACCCAGAUUCGCUACAACUCAUUCUUACAAGCCAUUACUACCGCCUGACGUACAUUCGCUCUGAGAUCUUUCGAGAACUCUACCUCCCUGCUAUUGCUCCUAACCUGCCUCGGAUAUGGUACGAGCAAAAUCUUGAGCACAUCAUAGCUUGGCGGCGUGAAUUGCAGUUUCUUGACACCGGGCUUGGUAUGGGUAGCAUGACUUGUGAUAUGGGCUUUGACUCAUCUAUCUGCUUUCUCUUCCAACCUUUGCUCCUUCGCGCAUUGGUCGCUACAAAAGACCAUAUACUCCCCCAAGAGGUGACUGAAAUCAUUCCUCGAGAGAGCUACUACUCUGCAGUUCAUGUGGUGGAGUUCUAUCACAAGCUUUUUCGCGGUACAGAAGGCAGCCCAUAUGGGAUGUACCCUAUCACAAUCGUUUCGGCACACUAUAUCUUUCAAGCAACCAUCAUCAUAAUGGCGCAUUGUCUCUUGGCAAUUGACGGAAGGCUGCCGAUCGUGAGCUUCUCCCGAGACUUGGCAGGAGAGGAGCAACCUGAUGCUAUUGACUUUUCCGAAAUCCACGAAAUUUCUGGAACUUGUUUGAUUUUAUUGAAUACGCUGGCAAAGAAAUGGUCGGGAAUGGUGGGUCUUCUGGACAUCUACAAGAGCUUACAAGACAAGGUAUUACCCAUAAUGAUGAGAAGUGGUCUUGGUUAA